AUGUGGACAAUUAAUAGUUUUUUGUGCUGGGAAUUGGAGACUGGAGGUCUUGUAAUCGGAUGGCUUUGCUUAAUUUCAUAUAUUUUAACUUCAUUAAUUUUGGGAUUUGUAUCCCUUGCAAUGGUCAUUUUAUCUUGUGAGGAGAUUGACGAAUAUUUUGAUCAUUCUAUGUCAAUAUGUGAAAACUAUUCUUUGUAUCUGUUCAUCAUUGUUUUUGGUACGAUUUUGUGUAUCUUGUCUGCUUAUUUAGCUUACUUGUUGAUAAAAGGAACAAAACAACGAAAUCAUUCUCUUAUCAUGCCGAUGAUGAUAUCAAUGGUCUUUGGAACUGCAUUAGAAUUGCUGAAUUUACUAAAACUUCGUACUCUCCAGCAAUAUGUUCAGGAUUUGGUUACAAUUAUCAUUUACUGCUACAUGACUCUCGUUCUCUUUUCGCUUUAUGACAAAUUCAAGAAGGAGAAAACUCAGAAAGAAACUGAACAAAAUCAAGGAACUGCAGACAUGAAAGUUUAA